AUGCAAGUUGUCAAGCAGCUGACGUCGCUUGAGCCGGCUGCGAUCGAGGGUCUGGCCAAGCUGCUCGCCUCGUGCUUUGACUUGAACGACGACCUCUACGCCGCUCUGUACGGCUCUGUACUGGACCCCGAGGCGUUUCUCGACCUCUACUUCCGCAGCCGGGGAUAUGAGAGCGUGCGCGACGACGAGGUAUACGUCGUGGAGGCGGCGGGCUUGAUCGUCGCUGCGGCGGUGGUUGUUCCUCCUGGACCAAAGCAAAAGCGGGCGGAUACACCUUACUCGGACGAGCUGAGGCGCAAUACGCCUGACGAUGUUGCGGAUAAACAGAAACUGUUCCACGAGGUCGUGGAUGAGCUGGAGACGGAGGCGUUUGGGGACGAGACGUACUACGUCUCGUUCAUCGGCGUUGCUCAUUGGGCGCGCGGGAAGGGCUUGGCCGGCGCCAUCCUCCGCCAUGUCCUUAAUAGGGCGCGCGCGGAUGGCCGCCUGGUGACUCUCACCACGACAACCAAGGGAAAUAUCCCGAUGUACGAAAAGUUCGGUUUCAAGGUCAUUCAGACGGCAGAGGUCACGCUGGCCCGGACGCGCCUGGACAUCUGGGCGAUGGACAAUGCCGAGUCCGAAGGACACUUGUAG